CUUGAACUGUACAGUUUAUCGUGAGUCGGAACGAUGCAGAUUGGAGCUUCCUCGCAAUCUACCUCAUACCAACAUCAUCAUUAUCAUCAGCAAGUUCAUGCACUUGCUUCUGCUGCCGACGACCAAGAGCGCAAACGACGUUAUCUAUCAUUUUUGCCACCACCACAAGUCAUCGAAAUAUGUUUGACAUUUGACAUACAUAUACCUGCUUCGGUCAAGGCUACAGUAUGGCCUGCAAACCUGGAUGAAGCCAUAGCUGCUCUACAGAAAGCCCUCGAUGAAAAGUCAACUCCUCCGCUAAAUACAUCUUCAUCGGCAGAUCUUAAUCCCAAGUCGUCAGAUCCCUCCAACGCAUCUCACAUCGCCACGGAAGCACCCGGUCCUCCAGGAUCCUCGUCUCUUACUUCUACUCCUUUCGGGUCUAUUCCUCAUCCCGCACAACGUUUUACUUUCGCAAACCAACCUGCAUACCCACACACACCGUACUAUCCUCAGACUUCAUGGUCGUCGUAUUCACAGCCUCCAUAUGGCAUCACACAACCUUACGCACCACCACCUCCUCCUCCGAUACAUCGUCAACCUCAAUAUCCGGAAGCACAGUCGUCCGAUGAGAUGCCCGGGUACGAAGACAUGAUCGUUGAGGCGCUUAACGACGUUCAGGAUCCGGAGGGCCUCGCGCCUAAGGACAUAUACACUUGGAUGGUCAAUCAUUAUCGCGUGCAAGCAAAUUUUCGUCCGUCUGCAAGUCAAGCGCUACAGAAAGCAUUUAAGCGCGGGAGAUUUGAAAAGAGUCUUUCUGGUAAAUACCGAUUAAAUCCUAAUUGGAAGGGUGGUAAUACCACUCGAAGAACAACUCGGCGCCCCCAAUCGCACUCUUCCACCUCGUUACCACCUCCGCCUCAUCAAACACUACAACAUCCGUUCACCGGUGCAUUGCAUUCUACCAACAAAAUGCCGACGUUCUCACAAUCAUCCUACAUGUUUUCCACCCCUCCUCCCCCAAGCAUUAUCCAAACACAUCCUUCCCAAGACGAUCCAGCGAUUGACCUCGGCGAUGCGUUCGAGGCUGCUCAGCAUAUCUUAAAAGCCCUCAACUUUGGUGUAGAUCUGUCAAAAGUCCCACAGGAAGCCGAAGCGGGCUCAACAUUUUCCCCGCCAGUCCCAAAUUCGCAAUCAAUAACAGGAGCAGUGACUGUCGAUGUCGCGAAUCCUUCUAUUACAGGCGGAAUGAAUUCAGACGGUGUUCGCGCCGAGCUACAAGUACAACUAGUACUUCUUGCGGCGCAACUCUCGGAGAUGGCCAGUGUUCCCUCCGAAAUCACCAGCGCAAGCUCUGCCGUUUUGAUAACAGCAAGUACAAGUGCCGGGAAUGAGGGUGCUUCGUAUGGUGAUGCAUCAUCACAAUCGUUAUUGGCCACAUCCCCCGCCCCCGUUUCCUAUUCAGAUCGACCCAACUCCAAAGCAGAUACUGGGGGAACGCUGCCACAAGCGGCGCCGCCGGAGACACCACGAGAUGCUCGUUCUUUCUCUGAAGCGCAAUCAGAAGUAGCAGCCCUCCCGCCGAAUGGUCAAAUUCACGUCCCCACAGUGUCUUCGUCUGCAUCAACAUCGACGCAGGAAAUCAUUCCGAUGCACGAUGUUGAUGAUUCUGACGACGAUGAUAUGGACGAGGUUAUUGUGUAGUAGUUGUUGUGUAGCGGCAUUAGCAAUCUUAGGCUGAAUAUGUGGAAUAUUGAAUAUUUCCUCUUAAUAAUUCGAUUCUGUACCGCUUCGUGAGCUAAUUUUAGACUCCAAUACGUGGAUCCGUCAAUCCCUUCAAAAUAAAUCGAGUUGACCCUUCG